GUGGCUAUUUCCCCUUGCACGAGGACCAAGCCCGAGUCUACUGUCCUCACCCAUUUCAGCUUGAUGCUUCUAAGGCUCGAAUGAUAUCUAUCGAACGUGCUGGCUACUCGGGCUCUCUUGAUACUAAGAGAUCUAUUAGUACUGGGGUGGCGAUGGGAGCUAACCCUUCCACGACCCUUCCUGUAACUAUGGCCGAACGAUCUACGCGACUUGCGCAACAUAAUCCUCCAGGUCGGUCACAACCUAGUUUCGAUUCCGGAUCCAACACGCCCGUCGCUAGUUACAAUCCGACCGGAACGCAGGAUAACCCUCUACCGAUGGGUAAAUAUUAUCCUACCAACUACGUGAAAAGGAAAGAGGAGAAGAGAAACAGGCAACAAGGCAGGCCGCCACCGUCGAAUCUUAUUCCCUCCCCUCCGACGGGAACUAAAUCGGAAACCCAGAUACCCACUGCCAGAGACACCUCUGCGAUGGGACAUUCACGCAACGAGUCCGACGCGAAACGCAGGCUACAGCAGUACCAACGCGACAUGAUUGCUCAAGCGACAAUAGCUCUUAAUGGCGGGAGUGUUAAUGCGGCAACGAUGAGUUCUCUGAGGACGAUCGGAUUCACCAGUGUGUCCAAACCGAGUAAGCCGAGACUGGCGCCCCUAGGAUCUCCGGGCCCAGUGACACCUAUGGAAUUGGAAGGUUCAGAAGACGGCUAUUUGGGGGCACGAGGCCCGGCGGACGUUCAGGUCGAACAGAUCACUCGCGCUAUUAGGGCCGAGGAGGAAUGUAAACGACGAGAGGGCGCGACAUCACCGGCCGUUGAACUGGGUCCCAACACAUUCUGAGUGCGCUAUCUUUCAUUAUAGCAAACAGCCUAUGCUGUUACAUGCUGUCACUGAGCCGACUAAUGUGCAAUACCAUUACUUCGAUCACAUCUCUCGUCGCUAUACGUUUUAUUAUGAGGGCUUAGCGGCUCCUUAGCAAAUGCCCAACUAUGGAGGUCUUUUCUGAUCUCCUAAAUCCCGGCAAUGCUACGAGAACAGGACGGGGAUUUCUCGUCUUAUGUAUCAACAACGCCAUUCGUUUCUACCCUAGAGUUGCAUUACGCACUCCAGAUCUACUUGUUGCAUAUUUGUUCGGCUGGCCGUCAUUUUGCCGCCGACUAGUACACGUAUCGGCGCUCCGAGCCGCCACGUCUCCUUUGUCUCGUUAUGAUACCCUAAAGACUGGAUGAUACGACUACAUUUGCAUGCAUGGAUUUAACAGGCGCAGGGAACCGGCAGAUGGAUUGGAAAUUGAGUGAUAGUCUGACUUCAACAUAUUGCUUAUCGAAGUAUCGACACUGACUUUUAUUCUUCCUACUCGAUCAGGGGCAGCUCCCGAGUGGACACUCGCCCGUAGGUACUAUCAAGGACAGGAGACAAGAGCGUAGGUUAGGAGAUUCGGGAAAACAAGAAAUAUAUAGUUUGGA